ACAAAACCACUAAUCCGUACUUCCACUUCACUCUCUUCAUCACCCCAAUACCGACCAGACCAGUCCAAUCCUCAUCUUUGGGUUUUGGACACUUUUCUCUCUCUACACCAACAUUUAUACCACCCUCUCUUUUCUUCUCAGUUGGCUUUCUUUUUCUUUUCUUUGUCUUUUUGCUGAUCCUUAUCUAGAGAUCAAGAUCUGCAUAGUCGUCUUCUGCUUCAUCUUAUUUUGUGAAACAGCUUUAAGUGACCGAUCGAGGAUCCGCUAAAAUGUCCAUGGAAAAGACACCAGAACGAGUUUGUUAUGUGCAGUGCAACGUCUGCAACACCGUUCUAGCGGUUAGUGUUCCAUGCAGCAGUAUGUUGACCAUUGUGACUGUCAGAUGUGGGCAUUGCGCAAAUUUGCUGUCUGUUAAUAUGGGAGCUGUGCUUCAGACACUUCCUCCCCAAGAUCUCCAGUUGCAGAGACAACAAUCCAGCUUUGAAGAUGUUAGUAAGAACAUUGGGUCGACUUCUACAUGCAGCAAAUUUGCAGCCUUUGAAUCUGCUGAACAUGAACCUAGAAUGCCUCCCAUACGCCCCCCAGAGAAGCGACAACGUGUUCCUUCUGCGUAUAACCGAUUCAUUAAGGAGGAGAUUCAAAGGAUAAAGGCUAGCAAUCCCGACAUUAGCCACCGCGAAGCUUUUAGCACAGCAGCCAAAAACGUAAGUCACAGUUGAGAAAUCAAAAACAAUGGCACUCCAAUAACAUCAAUAGAUUAGAUCG